CCUUGCCCGCAGCCUCGGUCUCUCCUUCAGGACGCAUGGUCGCAACCCUUCUGACCCUCUUUUCCUCAUUCACCAAAAUGGCACAGGGCUACGAACGAACCUUCAUUGCUGUCAAACCAGACGGAGUCCAGCGAGGACUUAUUGGCGAGAUCGUUAAAAGAUUUGAACAGCGAGGCUACAAGCUUGUCGGAGCUAAGUUGUGCGUGCCAGGAAAGGCACACCUUGAAAAGCACUAUGAGGAACUUAAGGAUAAGCCCUUUUUCAAGGGUCUUGUGGAGUACAUGAACUCUGGGCCAAUUUUUGCCAUGGUGUGGGAAGGAAAAGAAGUUGUGAAGAUGGGCCGUGUCAUGCUGGGUGCAACCAAACCACAAGAAUCUGCACCAGGCACCAUACGUGGGGACUUUGCCAUUGAUGUUGGACGCAAUGUCUGCCAUGGUAGUGACUCUGUUGCCACUGCUAAACGCGAGAUUGCUUUGUGGUUUUCUAAUGCUGAGCUGGCAGCCUAUGACGCUGUUGAAGCCCCUUGGGUAUAUGAGUAAGACCAGUAGUACUGACCAAAUACCUGGAUUCUCCACAUUUUAUCUGACACUGAAAACUUAGGCAUGUGGAAAAUAAAAAUUGAGCUCAUGAUUAAA